AUGACCAGAACCGACACGCUUCACUCCACCACCAGCUCCACCGGGACACAGAGGAGGAGAGGACAGCACGCCAAGAAACAGGUGCAGGGCAGUAACCAGGUGCAGCGAGCUCCCAGAGCAUUGUACUGCCUCAAACUCAACAACCCAAUCAGACGAGCAGCGCUCUCUAUCGUCGAGUGGAAACCGUUUGAUAUCUUCAUCCUGUUAGCAAUUUUCGCUAACUGCGUCGCUCUGGGAGUCUCUAAACCGUUUCCUGAAGACGACUCCAACUCCACCAACCACGACCUGGAACAAGUGGAGUAUGUGUUCCUCAUCAUCUUCACAGUGGAGACAUUCCUGAAGAUCCUGGCAUACGGCCUGGUGAUGCACCCCAGCUCCUACAUCCGCAACGGUUGGAACCUACUGGACUUCGUCAUCGUCAUCGUCGGGUUGUUCAGCGUCGUCCUAGAGACAAUGACUCAUAAAUCUGGCGAGGUGGCGACCACGCAUCACGUGCCAGGAAAACCUGGAGGACUGGAUGUCAAAGCUCUGAGAGCCUUCAGGGUCCUGAGGCCCCUCAGACUGGUGUCAGGAGUCCCCAGUCUUCAGAUCGUGUUGAACUCCAUCAUGAAGGCCAUGGUUCCUCUGCUCCAUAUCGCUCUGCUCGUCCUCUUCGUCAUCAUCAUCUAUGCCAUCAUUGGCCUAGAGCUCUUCAUAGGACGCAUGCACCGGACCUGCUACUACAAGGAAUCAGAUAACUACGUGGAGGAUGACCCGGUGCCAUGUGCGUUCGCCGGUCACGGCCGUCAGUGCUCCAUUAACGGGUCAGAGUGCCGCGGCCGCUGGGACGGACCCAACGGAGGAAUCACCAACUUCGACAACUUCUUCUUCGCCAUGUUGACCGUUUUCCAGUGCAUCACCAUGGAAGGCUGGACGGACGUCCUCUACUGGAUGAACGAUGCCAUUGGUUUCGAGCUGCCGUGGGUUUACUUCGUCAGUCUGGUGAUUUUCGGGUCGUUCUUCGUGCUGAACCUGGUCCUGGGAGUCCUCAGCGGAGAGUUCAGUAAGGAGAGGGAGAAGGCCAAGGCUCGGGGAGACUUCCAGAAGCUGAGGGAGAAGCAGCAGAUGGAGGAGGACCUGUGUGGCUACAUGGAUUGGAUCACUCAGGCCGAGGACAUGGACGAGCUGGAUGAGGACGGGAACCCACGUCCGUCUCUGGGAGACCUGUCCGACAAGAAGAGAGGCAAAUUUGGAUGGUUCAGUCACUCCAACGACACGCACGCGAGUCUUCCUGCCAGUGAGACAGCGUCUGAAAAUACAGAAAACAUCGAUGAGGAACACACCAACUGCUGCCAGGCCUGCUGCUCUAGGAUGAUGAAGAUCAGCUGCUGUCGAACGCUGCGUCGGUGGAACCGUGUCUGUCGUAGAAACUGUCGUACGGCGGUUAAGUCAGUGACGUUCUACUGGGUCGUCCUGCUGCUCGUCUUCCUCAACACGUCACUGAGCGCCUCAGAGCACUACAACCAGCCAGACUGGCUCACACAAGUCCAGGACAUUGCCAACAAGGUGCUGCUGUCCCUGUUCACGGUGGAGAUGCUGCUGAAGAUGUACAGUCUGGGGCUGGCUCAUUACUUUGUGGCGUUCUUUAACCGCUUUGACUGCUUCGUGGUGUGCGGCGGCAUCGUGGAGACCAUCCUGGUGGAGCUGGAGAUCAUGCCGCCGCUCGGCAUCUCCGUGCUGCGAUGCGUGCGCCUGCUGCGAAUCUUCAAAGUGACGCGCCAUUGGACAGCUCUGUCCAACCUGGUGGCUUCGCUGUUGAACUCCAUGAAGUCCAUCGCCUCGCUGCUGCUGCUGCUCUUCCUCUUCCUCAUCAUCUUUGCUCUGCUCGGCAUGCAGCUGUUCGGAGGAAAGUUCAACUUUGACGAGACGCAGACCAAACGCAGCACCUUCGAUGCCUUCCCUCAGGCGUUGCUCACCUGCUUCCAGAUCCUGACUGGUGAGGACUGGAACAUGGUGAUGUAUGACGGUAUCAUGGCAUACGGCGGCCCCGUGUUCCCAGGGAUGAUCGUCUGCGUUUACUUCGUCAUCCUCUUCAUCUGCGGAAACUACAUCCUGCUGAACGUCUUCUUGGCCAUUGCCGUGGACAACCUGGCAGGAGGAGACGGAGACGACAAGAAGAAAGAGUGAGUGAUGGAGGGACAGAGAGAAGAAGAAGAAGAAGAAGAAGAAGAAGUGAAGGUGGACAUCGACGAGGACACGGAGUACGAGGAGGAGGAGGAGCUGCCUGAAGGAGAGGACGAUGGAGGAGUCCAGUUAAAGAUGGCUGACCUGGCUCCUCCUAAGGAGAAGGUUCUCCCGAUCCCAGAAGGCAGCGCGUUCUUCUGCCUCAGCAAAACCAACUGUCUCCGUGUGGCGUGUCACACUCUGAUCCACCAUCACAUCUUCACUAACCUGAUCCUCGUCUUCAUUAUCCUCAGCAGCUGCUCAUUGGCUGCUGAGGAUCCAAUCAGAGCGCACUCCUUCAGGAACAACAUCCUGGGAUAUGCAGACUACGCCUUCACCUCCAUCUUCACUGUGGAGAUCCUACUAAAGAUGACGGUGCAUGGAGCGUUCCUCCACCAGGGUUCGUUCUGCAGGAACUGGUUCAAUCUGUUGGACCUGCUGGUGGUCAGCGUGUCGCUGGUCUCCUUCUUCCUGCACUCCAGUGCAAUCUCGGUGGUGAAAAUCCUGAGAGUCCUGCGGGUUCUCCGACCUCUGAGAGCCAUCAACAGAGCCAAAGGACUGAAGCAUGUGGUCCAGUGUGUGUUUGUGGCCAUCAGGACAAUUGGAAACAUCAUGAUCGUUACCACGUUGCUGCAGUUCAUGUUCGCCUGCAUCGGAGUCCAACUCUUCAAGGGUAAAUUUUAUCGCUGCACAGACGAGGCCAAACACACUCCUGAACAGUGCAAGGGGACCUUCGUGGUUUAUAAGGACGGGGACGUGAACCACCCGAUGGUCAGAGAGCGGAUCUGGCAGAACAGCGACUUUAACUUUGACAACGUGCUGAUGGGGAUGAUGGCGCUCUUCACCGUCUCCACCUUCGAGGGCUGGCCCGCGCUGCUGUAUAAAGCUAUCGAUGCUAAUGGGGAGAACUCUGGUCCGAUCUAUAACUACCGAGUGGAGAUCUCCAUCUUCUUUAUCGUCUACAUCAUCAUCAUCGCCUUCUUCAUGAUGAACAUCUUCGUCGGCUUCGUCAUCAUCACCUUCAGAGAGCAGGGGGAGCAGGAGUACAAGAACUGUGAGCUGGACAAGAACCAGAGGCAGUGUGUGGAGUACGCUCUGAAGGCUCAGCCUCUCAAACUCUACAUCCCAAAGAAUCCGGUUCAGUACAAGUUCUGGUCCAUCAUCAACUCCACAGGAUUUGAGUACGUCAUGUUCGUCCUGAUCCUGCUGAACACCGUCACUCUGGCUGUCCAGCACUACGAACAGUCGAAGACUUUCAGUCACAUCAUGGACAUCCUGAACAUGGUGUUCACGGGACUCUUCACCGUGGAGAUGCUGCUGAAGCUGCUGGCACUCAGACUUAGGCAUUACUUUGUGGAUGCCUGGAACUCGUUUGACGCUCUGAUCGUGGUCGGCAGCGUCGUUGACAUCGUGGUCACCGAGUUCAGUAGUGGGGAGGACAGCUCUCGCGUGUCGAUCACUUUCUUUCGUCUGUUCCGAGUGAUGCGAUUGGUCAAGCUGCUGAGCAAAGGGGAGGGGAUCCGCACGCUGCUGUGGACCUUCAUCAAGUCACUGCAGGCUCUGCCGUACGUCGCUCUGCUCAUCGCCAUGAUCUUCUUCAUCUACGCCGUCAUCGGGAUGCAGACGUUUGGUAAGAUAGCGAUGCAGGAUUACACUCAGAUCAACAGAAACAACAACUUCCAGACAUUUCCUCAAGCCGUCCUGCUCCUCUUCAGGUGUGCUACAGGUGAGGCGUGGCAGGAGAUCAUGUUGGCAAGUCUUCCUGGUAAACGAUGCGACCGUGAGUCAGAUUACGAACCAGGAGAAGAGUUCAGCUGUGGAAGCAACUUCGCCAUCGUUUAUUUUAUCAGCUUUUUCAUGCUGUGUGCUUUCCUGAUCAUUAAUCUGUUCGUCGCUGUCAUCAUGGACAACUUUGACUAUCUGACACGUGAUUGGUCGAUUCUGGGACCGCAUCAUCUGGACGAGUUUAAGAGGAUCUGGUCCGAAUACGACCCAGAGGCCAAAGGUCGUAUUAAACACCUGGACGUGGUCGCUCUGCUCAGGAGGAUCCAGCCUCCUCUGGGCUUUGGGAAGCUGUGUCCUCACAGAGUGGCCUGUAAGCGCCUUGUGGCAAUGAACAUGCCUCUGAACGCUGACGGGAUGGUGACCUUCAAUGCCACCCUGUUCGCUCUGGUUCGCACGGCGCUGAAGAUCAAGACUGAAGGUAACCCCGACCAGGAGAACGAGGAGCUGCGAGGAAUCAUCAAGAAGAUCUGGAAGAGAAUGAAACCAAAACUACUGGACGAAGUGAUACCGCCUCAUGAAGAGGAGGAAGUAACAGUUGGGAAGUUUUACGCCACAUUCCUGAUCCAGGAUUACUUCAGGAAGUUCAGGAAGAGGAAAGAGAAAGGAGACCUAACUGGAGAGUCUGACGCCACCAACCCAUCUGCUGUCCAGCUGUGUAAAGCCGGUCUGAAGACUCUGCAGGAUCUGGGUCCAGAGAUGCGUCUCGCUCUGAACGAGGACCUGGAGGACGAAGCCAUGAUGGAUGACGAGGAGCUGGAGGAGGACACUGCUUACCAGAGUGAGAAUGGUUUUGGACCGGAGAGAGAGCGGCGUGGCUCUGUACUGACCACGCCCACUGGUCCCGGCGGUGUCAUUGGGGACGGCGGCGUCUCUAACGGAGGUCUGGUCCAUCGCGUAGGUUCGCUCACCAAGAUGCCAAACGGCAGCGAACACGACGAGCAUCUCCGCCGUGGAGACAACACAAGGUCAUCUGUCAAUCAUCACCAUCACCGCCGGCCCUCCGCCAGGAACGGCGUGCUGGAGCACAAGAGGCCAUCCUACCACAAGUACACCAGGAGGGACUCCAGGGACAGAUACUGGAGGGAUGGAGACACGGAGACAUACGGAGAGCAGGGAUACUACAGCAGAGAGGAGGACAACGAGUCCAUCAGCUCCAGAGACAGGCGUUACCCUGAUGACCUGUACAGAGACCAGUACACCAACGGUAGCUAUGGUAACGGGUACAGUGAUGGCAGGAGGACGACCCGGAGACGUCUGCUUCCUGCCACGCCCACAGGUCGGAAACCUUCGUUCAACAUCCAAUGUCUGAGGAGACAGAGCAGUGAUGAUCUACCCCCACCUGGAACAUACCACCACACACAGCAAACCUUCAGCAGCUAUGAGUCUCGUCUCUCCUCUGGGCGCUCCUCGGCGGCCUCCUCGGCGUCCUGGGCAAACCCGUGUCCUCGCCGUGGUCGACUCCUCUACGCUCCUCUCAUCCUGGUGGAGGAGGAGGGUGUCAGUGUGACAGGAGCAGCUCCCCGACCCGCCUGGUACGGAGGCCCAGCAGGGACACCAGCCCCGCCCCCGUACCGAGCCUACACAACCCUCAGAGUUCCCUCUCAGCUCAGCACAAUGACGGAGAAACGGGGCUCCGCAGACAGCCUGGUGGAGGCGGUCCUGAUCUCUGAGGGUCUCGGUCUCUACGCUCGGGAUCCAAAGUUUGUGGCGUUUGCGAAGCGGGAGAUUGCCGACGCGUGUCACAUGACGGUGGACGAGAUGGAGUCGGCGGCGAGCGACCUGCUUGGCACGAGCAGCCACGGCUUCCUGAACUCGGCUGACCCCGGCGCUCUGUACAGCGACGAGGAGCCGAUCAGGACAGGCCGCGACGAGGACGAGCUUGCCGACGAGAUGACCUGCGUCACGUCGUUCUGACACUCCGACCAAUCAGAGAGCAGACUGAAUCGGGAGGGGGCGGAGCUAAACGUGGCCGCUGGCAGAGCGCGGCAAAGUUGUCGGGUUGUUACCGUGGUGACGCCACAAAGCUGUACAGAAUCACACUUUACCCACAAUGCACUGAGGCAGGAAACAGAUGUUAGCAUUGGGCUAGUUAGCUGAAGAUGCUAACUGGCUCGUAUAGCACUUUGCAGCAAGCUAGC